AUGGAAAAGGAAGAGGAAGAGGAAGAGGAAGAGGAAGAGGAAGAGGAAGAGGAAGAGGAAGAGGAAGAGGAAGAGGAAGAGGAAGAGGAAGAGGAAGAGGAAGAGGAAGAGGAAGAGGAAGAGGAAGAGGAAGAGGAAGAGGGAGACGAGACGAAGAGGAUGGUGGGAUGGGAUGGAGGAAAACUCCCUAAGAUACCUUAG